UUGCGCAGUAAGCCGCGCUACUGCAAUCCGAAAGCGCUCUCAGGUUUUAGCUUUUUUCAUGCGUUUUGCUGCUCUCGUCGGUUGCAACAGCUUGCACCCGAUUAGCAUGGAGAAUGAAAGCUUAAGUUCAGCGUCCACUCCCAGGUGUAACCCAGCACUUAAUUCUCCGGAUUUCUCGCGGCACAUGCUGGAGCUGGAUGAAGAUGAUGACUUAGAAGUUUUCAGCAAGGAUGCCACCUUUACUGAUGCAAGCUCCAUUAACACAUCUCUACCAACAUCUCCAGGAUCCAUGAUCAAUCAGUACAGAUUUGAGGAAGAGCAUGACUCAAAAGAUUUAUUUAUCACUGUUGGUGACCCUGAAAGUCAUGUGACAGCCAUAGAAACUUUUAUUACGUAUCGAAUUGUAACAAAGACCACCCGCAGUGAAUUUGACUCCUGUGAAUAUGAAGUGCGUAGACGGUAUCAAGAUUUCCUUUGGCUGAAAGGAAAACUGGAAGAGGCCCAUCCUACUUUAAUUAUUCAUCCUUUGCCAGAAAAGUUUAUAAUGAAGGGAAUGGUGGAGAGAUUUAAUGAUGACUUUAUUGAGACACGCAGAAAAGCACUCCAUAAAUUUUUAAACCGAAUUGCAGAUCACCCCAUAUUGUCUUCAAAUGAGGAUUUUAAAGUGUUCCUUACAGCUCAGGCCUGGGAGCUCACUUCCCAUAAAAAACAGGGCCCUGGUUUACUUAGUAAAAUGGGGGAAACUGUGAAAGCCGUUGCUGCUUCUGUUAGAGGCAUUAAGCAACGCCCUGAAGAAUUUGUUGCAAUGAAUGACUACGUAGAAUCCUUUGGUCAGAAAAUUGGAAUGAUGGAUAAAAUCACACAGAGGAUUAUCAAAGAACAAAGGGAGUACUUAGAAGAAAUGAAGGAGUGUGGGCCUGUGUAUACACUGUGGUCAGCCUCUGAGGAAGAGCUGGUAGACAUUCUCAAAGGAAUGGCUGGAUGUAUUGACAACUGCUGUAAAGCUACAGAAGAACAAGUAGGGGAUCUUUCUGAAGGUCUCCUUCCAGUGCUGCAUGAGUAUGUUCUCUGUGCCGAAACCUUAAAGGCAGUAUUGAGAAGAAGGGACAAUAUUCAGGCCGAAUAUGAAUCCAAAAGCUAUACGUUGGCCAACAAAAAGGCAGACAGGGAUGUGCUCAAGGAUGAGAUCGAACAGUUAGAAGAUAAAAUGGAAUAUGCCAACAAAAUGUUGAAAGUAGACUGGGAAAGAUGGAGGAAAAAUAUGCAGAGUGACCUGAAGCUGGCUUUUUUUGAUAUAGCUGAGAAGAAUGUGGCAUAUUAUGAAAAGUGUCUUGCAAUAUGGGAAACUUUCCUGACAACGGAGAAGCCUGAGUUAGUGCUGGAGAAAGACACUGAGGAUUAUUCACAGAAAUGAUGUCUGUUCAGCAUUUGCACCCUUGACCAAAGAAGUGUCCUUGAUUUUAUUAGAAUGAAAUUCAUUUCCCAUCUCUCAGUGUUUGUAUAGUUUGAAAAUAUUUUAAAAGACGAUGCCACUAAUACCACAUGUGAAAAAGGCCUUCACUGUUUCUGCAUCACAUGCAUUUACUUGGUAAUGAGAGGCCAGAUUUAAUGCUUUGUCUUAAUACUGAAAUAGAUGAGUAGUGACAGCACUAAAACGCUGAUGUAAUAUCUUCAUUCUUAUCAUUUUAUUGUGUGUUCUGCUUUUCAUUUUCUUCUUUUUCCUCCUCAAGCAAAAAGGUACUGAUAAAAUGUGCUUUCAAAUGUAAUGAGAUGCUGCUUUGAAUUUAAGCCAAAGCCGAAGUAAUGUGCUGCACUGUAUUUACUGCAACUCUGUUUGCUUUGCAAAGGUGCCUUCAAGGAAGCCAGUGUCUUCCACAAUAAGCAGCUCUGGAAACUUGCAAUUAAAGCCGUCUCCCAGGCAUUAUUGUGGCUCCGGAGCCGACAAUUCCAGACCCCAUGUACUCAUUGCAAGAUCUGCCUCCGAGCCUGUGCAGCUCGCCAGCAUUGUGUAAUGUGAAGCUUCCUUCUUGAUAUCAUGUUUUGCACACGGUCCUGGCAGUCUGUGGGUAGCAUUGCACCGGAAAGGUUAAAAAAAAUAAAUAAAUAAAUAAUAGAAAUGUUGAUAUGGGAGGAGUGUAUGCAGAACUGAAGUUAACCACGGAGUAUUGUAUCAAGUUAUGGUGUAGUUGGCAAGUUUCAGGGUGCAAGUUCAGUUUUUUUCUAUUCACGUACCAAACAGGAUUAUGUUUGUUUUGAAUAAAUCAAUUUUUAGCUAAAUAAGUGCAAUUAAUAUUGCAGUUGUAAUUCUUAUUAAAUAAAGCUUUUAAUGUAUAGUCACAGCCCUAAACUAGUAUACUGUGUAUGUCAAACAACAUAAUGUGUUUUAUAUUCUGCAGUUGCUCAGCACUGCUGUCGUGUUGUGAACGCCUUUUCCAUCAUAACUUAAUUUUGAUAGUGUGCGUGUUUUCUUUCAUUUGUGCCGCUCUGAUUAGCCAAACAGAAGUAUCCAGUCAGAAGGAUUUAGAAAAGACUGUAUGUGGUGUCAAAGCCAACAUGAAUGCCAUGUUUACAGGUCCUUUUGAGUUUCAAAGCCAAGGUAGAUAUUGUUGCUGAGCUCUGCCUAAAUAAACUUUCACAAAGGCUUAAGUAAUUUUGUUUUAAUGCAAAACUGCUCUUUGCCAAUUAUCUGGGUCUUUGUGUAGAUUUUGUGGAUUUUUGCAAAAGUAAAUAAUGUUGAUGAUGCCAGUGUUUCACUAAUUUCUUCACUAGUUUUCCUAUUUCACUUGAUUCCUGAUGCUGUCAGAGGUGUGUUCUUGUUUAAACCAAAACAAUUUCAAUAAAAGAAUGUGUUUUUAUGUAAAUAUAAUGAAUUGUUAAUAUGACUUUGACCAAAAUCAAAAUCAAAAUGAAGGAAGUGAUUUUACUGAAUAAAAAAAUCAAAUUCUUUGUUACAAAAAAA